AUGGUUCGCUCAUUGUUGGCCCUUGCCCUGCUGGGCACCCAAGCCUUGGUCAACGCCGCCACUGAGGUUGAAACCCGCACCAUUGAUGAGAUCUACAAAGCUGCCCUCGCCGAGGGCGGUGUCGUCACUCUCUGGCACGGCGGUGAUGAGCUGACGCAGCAAAACUUCUUGAAGGCCAACUUUGAGAAAAAGUUCCCCGGCAUCACCCUGAACGUCACCGUCGAUCUCUCCAAGUACCACGACGGUAAACUGGACGACCAGCUCGCCGCCAAGAACGUCUUCGUGGACAGCAUCAUUCUCCAGACCCUCCACGACUACCCGCGCUGGGCGUCUGAGGGUGCACUUCUGGACUACGCUCCUCUCGGAUACGACCAGAUUCUCCCCGAGUUCAAGAACAACGAGACCGCUGCCUACUACGGCAUCUACAUCAUUGCGUGGGCUGGUCAGUGGCACUCUGGAAAGCUCCCGGGUAUCAAGGCCCCUGUUGAGUGGGAGGACUGGGUCAACCCUGACCUCAAGGACAAGCUCGUCCUGACCUACCCCAACGACGACGAUGCCGUCCUCUUUGCUUUCAACCUCAUUCUCAAGCAGUACGGCACCGCCUGGUUUGACAAGCUCGUCGCCCUGAACCCCCGCUGGGUCCGCGGCACCCAGACCCCUUCCACCAUCCUCCAAAAGAACGGCACCCAGUGGGCCGCCAGCUUCACCUCCUCCGCCAGCCUGAACCCCACGGCGCCCAUCAACGUCUCCCACCCCGUCGAGGGCCGGUUCGUCUCCUGGCCCCAGACCGGCGGCAUCCCCAAGGACGCCCCCCACCCCGAGGGCGCCAAGCUCCUGCACGCCUACCUGCUCAGCCCCGAGUACCAGACCGCCCGCGGAGGCUGGAGCGUUCGCGGCGACGUCGCUCCCCCCGCCAACUACCCUGCCAUCCUCGACAUGCCCGGCACCGACGCUACCGCUUUUGGAAAGUGGAUGUCUGACCGCGCGGCUGUUGAGAGACUCCGCUUCUGGUUCGAGGACCGCCUUGGUACUGCCCAGGGUCUCAGCCCUCUGAUUGAUGACUUGUAA